AUGAACAUCACGGCGCCCGUUUUGAGGCUCGUGCGUCCAGCACGCCUGAUAUCAGGAGGCGCCGUCGGCUGCCCGUAUAGACAACAAUGCCGGUCUCUUGGACACAGCACCGCGCUCUCUGCCGGCCACAACAAGUGGUCCAAGAUCAGGCACGAAAAGGGCGCCGCCGACAUCAAGAAGACGGCAUUACGCGCACAGAUGUCCAAAGCGCUAUCCAACGCCUGUAAAAUGUUUGGCGAGGGUAGCCCGCAGCUCGCAACAGCCGUUACCGCGGCCAAGAAGGCCGGCGUGCCCAAGGCCGUCAUGGACGCCGCCAUCGCGCGCGGCCUGGGCCGGUCCGCGACCGGCGCCGCCCUGGAGAGCAUGAUCUUCGAGGUCGUGGUGCCGCUGCCGUCGUCCGUCUCCGUCGCGGUCCUGGUCGAGGUCGAGACCGACAGCAAGCUCCGGUCGCUGCACGACAUCAACGCCACCAUCAAGAAGAACUCGGGCACGGUCACGCCGGCCAAGUUCUUCUUCUCCCGCGCCGGCCGCGCCGUGUUUGCGCGCCAUGACUCUCUGGGACCCGACCAGCUCAUGGACGACGCCAUCGAGGCCGGGGCCGAGGACUUGGAGUCGGACAAGGAGGGUAACAUUGUCGUUUGGACGCAGCCAACCCAAGUCACUCAACUUGUUAAGGACCUUGCGCCCAAGUUCGGCCUCGAGACCUUGAGCUCUGAGAUAAUAUGGUCACCGGUCGAGGACACAAUGGCCACUGUCGGCUCGUCAGAUGAGGCCAAGCGGCUGGCCGAGCUUCUUUCUGCUUUGCGAGAGCACAGCGAGGUCCAGUCGAUUUACUCCAACGCGGCCAGGGGGCAGAGCCUCAGUGAUGAGGACUGGUCUUCGGUAGUGGAGAGCCUAGACUCGUAG